UCUGCUCUGCACAACUGUUGCGGUAUAGUAGGUUGUUGUUAUGAUGAUUGGUCUAAUAGGCUAUAGCACAGUUGUUUUUUAUCCUAAAUAAAAAACUGUCCAGCAGUAAUUCAGAUUCAGCACUAUGCUUCAGAGGAAACCGUCAAAUGUCUCAAACAAAGACCCAAAGAGCAAGACAAAACCAAAGCGCUCCACUAGCUUUGGCCGAUUUGACACCUUCAGACACCAACCAGCCCCAGUGAAGCCAGAGGAAAAUGGCAAUUCUUUGUUUGCAGAGGAAGAGCAGGUUGUCAGUGGUGACCAGACCAGAUCAGGAGGUAUAGGGAAGAAGAUGAAGGCCAUCUCACUUUUGAUGAGGAAGAGAAUGGGCAGGAAUUAUACCAAAGCCCUGUCAGAGGAAAUGGCCGACGAGAUGGAGAGAGAUGAAGAAGGAGAAGGGGAUAUUGUUAAUGGCAUCCAUUUAUUUCCAAAAGGACACAGAAAGUCCAGUCACUCUCUGGAAAGUCUCUACAUUCUCAACAGUGGACACAGCUCCUCCAGUGGGGUGACCAGUGGGUCAGACGGCUCCAGUAACAGAGACAGUCUGAGGCUGGACGAGGAGCUGCCCUACACAGGCCAGUUCUGUGGCAGAGCCCGGGUCCACACAGACUUUGUCCCCAGUCCCUACGACACGGAAUCACUUAAACUUAAGGUUGGGGAUGUGAUUGAGAUCAUCAACAAGCCUCCUAUAGGUAUAUGGACAGGCAUGCUGAACAACAAGGUGGGAAACUUUAAGUUCAUCUACGUGGACCUCAUAGUAGAGAAGGUUCCUGAACUGCCUCAGAAGAUGAGGACACACAGGAGAAGCAGGAGAACCCGUCCCAAAACGCUACAGGAGCUCCUGGAGCGCCACAAUUUGGAGGAGUAUGCCUCUUCACUGCUCCUGAAUGGCUAUCAGACAGUAGAUGACCUGAAAGAGCUGAAGGAGAAGUAUCUGAUGGAACUCAAUGUGACUGAUCCUGAACACAGACAACGUCUGAUGGCAGCUAUCGAGUGCCUCCAAGAACCCCAAAGUGAUGGUCAGAAGGAGGGAGAGUUGAACCAGGAAGCCAAGUCCCCGACUGAGAGCGUUAAAGCGGACCUGAACGACUGCCCCAGAGACUCUGGCUGCUACAUCCCUUCUGACUGCUCAGACAACAGCAAGGAGGAGACAGACAUCCACCUGCCAGCACUGCACCAUCAUCCUCCCAUGGAUCAGACCUAACCACCUCCUGCAGAUAGACACUCCUAAGGGCCUGCCGCACUAGCAGAAAAAUUAUUGUUGUGGAUCGAUGCAAUUCACCCGAAUCAUGGUCUAAUGUGAAAGCCCUUUUCUUCAAGACAAGAGCACUCCUUUUUGCUUUCAUACUGCAUUUAGUAUCUGUAGCCUAUGUGGCUGUCACUGCAAUUGUUAUGUAUGAAGCUACUGUACACAAUUUCCUGUUCUAGUGAGUUGGCUUGGUGGCUGAUUUGUAAAUGUUAAUGAUGAUGUAACCAAAGCCUUUACAGCUGUUCAAAUCACUCUGUCAUUGGACCUGUGAAAUCAUCGCAGUAGGCUAGGCUUUGUUUUUAGCACAAUGUGCAAUGUCAACUUUACUGUGUGUGGGUGUACAGUACAAGAGGUGCCUGUGGAAGUGGGAGAGAUUAAAUGCAGGCAGGUCACCCGAAUAACAAGUCAGAAUUCAACGUCCAUCCAUGUCUGAGGAGGUCGGGAGAGGAUGUGGAAACUGGCCACUAGGGGCAACAGUAUGUGCUGUUACCUUUAAGUAGGUGUUGUGGACAGGGAUGGCUGAUGGGCGUAAGCAUCUGCCUGUGGCUCCAAAGGUUGCAUGUUUAAAUCCAGCGAC